UCCGGUUAUUGAUUGGGUUUCUAACGAGGAUAACUUGUCUUUUUCCGGUUAUUGAAAAAUGUGUAUGAAAUCAUAAAAGUAAUUGUGAAGUAUUUCCGGCUCAUCAGCAUCCAACUUUUUACUAAGGAAGACAGGGGCAAUUUGCGGAUUGACGAUUGUAUUCAGACUAACACUCGAAAAUCGUAUAAUUGUGACCCUUGACCAAGAGGAAUACAAGAGCAAUAAUAGUGGUGGCUCUUGAAUAGGGGGAAGACAGGGACAAUGAUAUUUGUGACCCUUGACCGAGGGGAAGAUAGGAGUGAUUUUGCGAACUAACGAUUGUAUUCAGUCCAACACUGAAAUCGCAUAAUCGCAGUCCUUGACCUAACAGGAAGACAGGAACAAUAUCGGGGUUUUCGGACGGUAAUCUGAAAACAGAUAUUUGCGCCCUUGACCUAUAUUUAUUAACCAGUAUUUUGGUUGGGUUUUAACUUGUAUUUUUCCUACGUAAAAGAAAAUCAAGACUUAUAGUGACGACUAUAUUUUAAGGAAUAAAAGUAUACUUCAUCACGCCUGAAAGAUGGGUGGUGUACAGGGUAAAAGUAAAAAGGAAAUGAGUCCUCCGGAGGGACCCAUUGUGGAUCUGAUGAGAAGGAAAUAUGGAGAUCAAUCUCUAGAGUUUUUGCCUGAGUGGUCAAAGGAUUUUGGGUUCCCUGUGAAUGGUUCUUUCAGUAGAAUAAAACUGAACAUGUUACGAACAGACUUAGAGGGAAAACAGAAGGUUAUAAAAACUCAGAAGGUGAUAAAAGGCAAAGACUUGGAAGACAUUGAGAAACAAAGUAAAUGGUUGAAAUGGUGGGAGGAUGAAUGUGAAUGUAGAGAAAGAAAACAAAUGGCUAAAGAAUUGACAUGCGCAAAAACCACAUUGGUUGAAAAAACAGAUCCAAAUGUUAUUGAACAAAAUGACCGAUGUGCUUCUUCUCCUUUGUAUCCGAGUCUCACAGGGGCUGGGGGCCCUCUCCUCAACACAUGCCCACCGCCGUACCCUGCUUCACCUGCGGACCAGCAACCUCUGCCAUCACAAACCACAACGGUUCACAACACCCGGCAGAGGGAGAGACAGGAAGCAGCAGCGAAAGUAGCACACGAACGACUCCUCACAGAGCAGGCGAGAGCACGUGAAGAGGAGGAAAAGAGACAGGACGCUCUCCUCACUCCAUCUCACUCUGCAGGAGCAACUGGAGGGGUUACUUCUCCUAUCAAGAAACUAACUGCAGAACAAUUUGACAAUUUGUCCCCCUCAGAGCAAAAAUCUACAUCAGAUAUUGUUUCCCUCUCUUUCGACCCUGAGGGAGUUCCCCGGGAUGCAAAACCUGUGUUCCAAACCCCAAUGAUUCAAGUACCAGGACACUCAGGUCCCAUACUUGUUUUCCGUCCUUGGACUGAUACGGAUGUCAGAGCUGCAAUGGCUCAUCUCCCGCCGAUACAGAACUCGGGAAGAGUGUUUGCUGAAGCAUUCAUGGACUUCUGUAAGCAGUUCUUGCACAACUUUGCUGAAAUUCGACGUGUUCAGAUGAGUCACGUGGGUCCAACUCACUACCAAAAGCUCAACCAGCUGGUUGCAGGAGACACCAGUGCGCACGACGUCGAUUGGAGUACAAAUGCAAAUAAGCCGUACAGAGACGCACUCACGGUUUUGAGCGACGGCAUAAAGACAUUGUUUCCUGACAAAGUGGAUAUGACUCCCAUCCACAAUACCAAGCAGGUGACGGGUGAGUCCGUCCAUGAUUACUACCAAAGGAUUUUCACAGUGUUUAAUCUUAACAGUGGCAUUCCACAACCCGCCGUGUUAGGAGACGCUGUGGGGACGUGGGAAUCACAUCUGAAUGUGAAUUCCCACGUCAUGCUUUCAUGAAUGGACUAUUGCCCGACAUAAAAGUGACUGUGCAGCGUUCUGUUGCUGGAAUGGAAGACUCGCGACUCGCGGAUGUAAAGAAACAUGCUGCGCAUGCGCAAUGCAUGGACAUAGAGAGAGCUGACCACGAGGGGAAAGGCGUUCACGUCAGAUUGAACUCGCACAACUGACUAUGCUCCAAGCUGUCACUCAACUUGCCAGGAACGACCGCCCAUGGGAUCCCAACCAACGGGGCCGAUUCAGGGGGCGUGGUCGGGGCAUGACGAGGGGACGCUCCUCCUGGAACCAGGGGGGAGCGCAGCUGUAUCCACCCACUGACAAUGAUACGUGUUUCCGCUGUGGCGAACAGGGACAUUGGCACAGAGAAUGUCCACAAAAAGCACCUCGUAGAGGAUGGGGGCGUGGCCUAGCCAGACGCGGAGGAGGUGGCAACGCACAAUCAGAUUGACGUGAGGCGGGGGAGGAGGAGGCUGCAUGUGAGGGGGAGACGGCAACCACGCUGGGACGUCAACAGAAGGAAAGGGACACACACACGCAAAACGCAGCCUGCAAUGAAGAAACGCUUUCUGCACUAACUCCAUGCACGCACACUCACACUCACACACCAGAGCAACAACAAGCUCUCAAGGACAUCACAGAGCAAUUGAGAACACAACAGAAGCUUUCACUUAAACACACAUAUGCAAAGUUUUCAGGAAAAUCAUUCGAAAAUAUGCCCACCACUAUGGUGCAAGUUCAAGGCAAACUUUUAUCAUUUUUGGUUGAUUCUGCAGUAUGUUGAUGACUGUUUAAUUGCAGCUCCAACACAAAAACAGUGUGAACAGGACACACUCAAAUUGCUUCAACACUUAGCAGCAGAAGGACACAAGGCCAGCCUAUCCAAACUACAGUUUGUUUCACAAAACGUUCAUUUCCUAGGCCAUGACAUUUCCGGUGAAGGGAAGACGCUUUCACCAAAACGCAUUGCCUCAAUUGUAACACUUCCAAAACCACAAACCAAGAAACAGAUGAUGUCAUUUUUGGGCAAGCUUUCACGGACAUGAAAUGCGCGUUACAAGUUCCUCCGACUUUGGGUCUUCCUGAUCCUCACAAACCGUUCACACAAACCGUUGACGAACGUUCUGGCUGUAUGACAUCAGUGCUCCUACAAUCUCAUGGCGAUAAACAACGACCAGUAGCUUAUUUCUCCGCAAAACUCGAUCCGGUAGCAGCAGGCUUACAGCUUACAGCUUUGGUCUGAUGGAGGAUGUCCAUCUGCCUCCAAGCUGUUCAGGACUCUCCUCCUUAGAAACCACUGCAUGGCAGAGAGUCUUCAGGAAAGAUGUUUGAAAUAAGUACCUUCCUCCCCAGAAGUGGAGCUGAGAUGCUCGUGUGAUGCAGGAACCAAAUGCCUCACAGUCUCUAUCACGUUGUGUCCUCACUGCGUACCUUCAACUUUCAAGAAUCCAGACAGAGAAGAAGAAGAACCGUACUGAGGACAUGCGAGCCUCUUCUGCUCUAUCUCCUCUCACAGGGAGGAGAUGAUCUGCAGCAUCCUGGUGAUCUUCAUCCUGACCUCCUGUGUCUGUGCAGGGUCAUUUGUAGUGAAUGUGACACAGAGCUGGUAUCAUGCAGAGGAGAACCACAACAUCUCACUGGAAUGGAUGUUCCCCACCAGCACGGACCACUCCACCAACUCCCUCUAUGUCUCCUGUGAGAUGUUAGCUGAUGAGAAACAUUCACUCAUGUUCCAUCUAUAUGAAGGUGUGGAGAUCCCAGAGUUUCAGGAUAAACGCUUUUCAGGACGAGUCCAGUGGGACAAAGACGUCCUCAGAGAAGGACGACUCAGACUUCACAUCUCCAGACUCCAGACUAAUGACUCUGGGCUGUACUGGUGUGAAGUGCUCAUAAGUUAUGGGAAGAACUAUAAGGAAUGUCACCUCAAUGUCACUGAUUUGUUGGGUCUCUUUGCAGCAGUGAAGGAUCGACCUGAACCUGAGACAACCAGUGACACCAGUCUGAGAGGAAGGAUCGGUCUCUACUUUAUACUGGGACUGGGACUGGGACUAGCAGCAUCUCUACUGGGUUUUUAUUUAUUUUAUCUCUGCGUUGCAAAACAGACUAGUGAUCAACACAAAACACGACACAUCAGAACCACAAUUGAAGAUAUUGAUCCUUUAAGUUUUUGCACAGAAACAGUCUGAUGUGUUGUGCCUGAAGUCCAGCUGAGACACAUCUGGUCUGUGGAUGUCUCAUGUGUCUCGUGGACCAACAGCAGCAUGAAGGUAUCAGUGGUCUACAGAGACACUUGUGACUCAGGGAGCCCAGCUGGUGACCGCUGUGCCAUCGUUGUGUGUGUGAAGGGGAACUAGUUUAGUUUCAUCAGGACCAAACAGAUUGACCUUCUGGUAGGACUUGUGACAUCACAGUAUGAAUGGAAGUCAAUGGUGGCAUCAAGCGUCAGGACGACUGUGGGUGGAGAGUCCAAUCAGAGGAUCAACGGUUCCAUCCCAGAACCUGCUGGCCCGUGUGUUGAUGUGUCCUUGAGCAAGACACUUGACCAGCAUCACUCCUGUAGCUGUGACCUCACAGUGUCCAUAUUCCUUUUUUUUCUUUGCCUGAGAUUCAAAGGAAAUCGAGUCUUUUUGUCCUGGACCUCUUCAGCUCCUCUAACAGAGACUCUUACUACUGAACAGAUGCUGCAUUAAGCGUCAUUCUGCUCCUGAUCAAAGACGAAUGUUCCUUCUGGUUCCUGUUUUUUAAAGAAGAUUUAGAUUCUGUAUGUUUACUUGCUGACUUGCUCACAUUGUUCUGGUGACUUUACGUCUGGUCGUUGCUCCACAGAAGAAGAAGACGUCACUCGCGAUGUCGUGUUUGAAAAUCAUUUCACUGUCUAAAGCACAAUAGAGCCGCACCCUGCCUCAAUA